AUGGACGUGGAGUCAGAAGUAGCUGCAAAGCGCGAAAGGCGUCAGGAAUUAAGAGAUGCAAAUUUAGCUGCCCGUAGACUUGGAAAACCUGAUUCUUCGAGAUUUAAGGGUCUUGAUUCCAAUAUUAAAAAGAAUACAACUUUUAUUAAAAAAUGUAAAUCUCAAUUAUCAGCGGAAUAUCAGCAACAAUUAUUGAAAGAUGUUAAAACCUUGACGCUAGAAAAAUAUAUCUCCGAGGUGGUAGUUGCUGUAAUAGAAGGAGCGCAGAAAUGUAAAGCUGCUACUGACGUUUGGGUCGCUGUUGAGGUGAUCUCUGCAUUGCAUCAACGAUUUCCAGAUACAUUUACUCCCUUUUUGACUUAUAAUUUGGCUCGUUCCCUUACUCCACCAAAUAAACAACAACUUGCUAUUCUUACCUUGGAGCAACGCGAAAAAGAGGAAGGAGCGCGAAUUUUGAAGCAGCGUAUCCUACUCCGAAUUGCAUGUGAACUUUGGUUGUUGGGUGUACUUCGAAAUGUUGAAGAUGGUGUUGCUGCGUUGAAUAGUGGAGGUGCGGCUGUUGGAGCGGGUAGCGUGAACGGAGUCAAAGAUAAUGUCGCCGGGUUCGUCAGCAGUCCAAUCAAGGAAUCCAAAGAAUCCAAAGAGACAAAAACUUCUGGUGAAGGGUUCAUUUAUACUGUGUUGAAAGACUUGUUUUCUCAUGACAACAAACAUGUCAACCUUCCGCUUGCUGUAUCCUUUGUCAAAUAUUUUGGGACGGAAAUGAUCGGUUCCAGCAAAAGAAAUCGGGAAAAUUCUGAUCCAAAUUCCUCCGAUGUCACCGUUAACGGUGAUCAAAAUACUGGUCUUGAUAAUUAUAUUUCGGAUUCGAGUGGCGAAAUAACAAUUUCCACUAGUCAACGCAAUCUUUUUAGAAAUCUGUUGAUCGAUUACUUUAAGGGGGUUGAACAACAUUUAUUAAAAGAACACCAAAAAAUCAAGGAAUUAGAUCGUAGUAACCAUGAAUACUAUAUAACUAGAGGCGAAAUUACAGAGGAAACUAAGCAAAAUUAUGAAAAAGCUGUGAAAACUUUCGAAAAAUUAUUGCAAAAUGCACAAAUUCUGGCAGAUUCAUUAGAUAUUGACAUGCCGGAUUUACCAGAAGACGAAGGAACUACAAAGAUUGGAGGUACUAUUAUUCGAGAUGGUUCAUCCACUAACGAAAGAGAAGAAAAUCCAAGUAACAGCAUCUGGGAAGAUGAGGAUGCACGUAGUUUUUAUGAAUGCCUUAUUGAUCUUAAAACCCGGGUACCCGGUGUUCUUCUCGAAGCAAAAUCCACUAAAAAGGAUGAAAUUGAAGUUGAUAAGGAUGAAUUAGCUACUAGUGAUACUAAUGAAGAACAUGAAUCUAAUGAAGAAUUGUCUGGUAAAGAUGAUGAUGUAAAAGAAAAGUCCAAUGAUCAAGCUGGUGCUGAUUCGCCGACAAAAAAAGAAGGGGAAGCCUUCAAUAAGAGUGGAACAUCGGCACAAUUGGAUACUCUUUUAGCACGUCUACCAAACAUGGUUAAUCGAGAUCUUAUUGAUCAAGCCGCUGUUGAAUUUUGUUUUCUGAAUUCUAAAGCAUCCCGAAAAAAAUUAAUUAAAACAUUAGUGGGUGUACAGCGUACAAGAAUCGACCUCCUUCCAUACUAUUCUCGUUUAAUUGCAACACUUAAUCCUUAUUAUCCAGAUGUUACUGCAGCGGUGCUGCAAGCUUUAGAAGGCGAAUUUAAGUCUUUACAAAAGAAAAAGUCACUCGAUUUUCUAGAAACUAAAAUCAAAAACAUUAGAUUUCUUUCGGAACUUGCAAAAUUUCGAAUCACUCCUCAACACGUAAUUUUUCAUUGUCUUAAAGUGGCUCUCGAUGAUUUUUCGAACCAAAACAUUGAUAUCGCAUGUAAUUUAUUGGAAACUUGUGGAAGAUUUUUAUUUAAAAGCCCUGAAACAUGUGUCAGGAUGGGUAAUAUGUUGGACAUCAUGAUGCGAAAGAAAAGUGUUCAGCAUUUAGACAAUCGACAACUCUUGAUGGUGGAAAAUGCAUACUAUCAAUCUAAUCCACCUGACCGAACGGCAAUAGUCAUGAAGGAACGUUCCGUCAUGGAACAAUAUAUUCGUAAGCUGAUUUAUUCAGAUCUUAACAAAAAGACUGUUGAGAAAGUUUUGAAGUCAUUGCGAAAAUUGAAUUGGGAAGACAAAGAAACGUAUAAAGUUCUUGAAAAAUGUUUUUCGAAAGUCUGGAAAAUUAAGUAUAGCAAUAUUCAUCUUAUGGCAAUUCUUGCGUCAGGAUUAAAUCGUUGCCAUUCUGAAUUUGGAGUUGCUCUCGUAGACAGAGUAAUUGAAGAUAUCAGAAUAGUGAAAUAUCUUGGAGAACUGUAUAAUUAUCGAAUGGUGGACUCCCCGGUCAUAUUUGAUACCCUUUAUUCUAUAGUUACUCUUGGACAUGAUUAUGGCCGGUCAUCCCCUAACCGUAUAAAUCCUUUGGAUCCUCCGAACGAUUUCUUUCGCGUCCGAUUGUGUUGUACAUUGCUUGACACUUGUGGAAUGUGUUUUGAUCGAGGAAGUUCCAAGAAAAGAUUGGACGAUUUUCUUAUAUUCUUUCAGAUGUAUAUAUUAACAAAACAAAAAAUGCCUAUGGAUGUUGAAUUUAUGGUUUCUGAUCUUUUUGAGAUAUUAAGACCUAAAAUGGUUUUAUUUAAAACAUACGAGGAAGCUGCUGAAGAAGUGGAUCAAAAACUUCUACUGAAUCAAAAAGCUUUACAAGAUGCCGGAGGUUCCAUGAAAGGCCAAGAUGAAACAUUAGAUGAAAGCGAAGUAGGAGAAGAAGAAGGUUCUUAUGAUGAGCAAGUUGAGUCGGAAGAAAUAGACAAAGGCGAUGAGGAUGAUGAAUUGAUAGUGCAUACUAAUCGUCAAGAUAAGAUAACUUUAAAAGAGGAUGAAGAAUUUGAGAGAGAAUUUAGCAAAAUGAUGUCCGAGAGCAUGGAAUCUCGUAAAUACGAAAGAAAGCCUGCAAUUUUGGAUGUAGCGAUACCAAUGCAUCUCAAGGGAAUGGAUAGAACAACUGGUCACGUUGAUGGUAGUGUAGCCUUUACAUUAUUGACCAAAAAAGGAAACAAACAACAGAUGAAGACAAUGGAAGUUCCUGCUGAAAGCGCAUUGGCGGUAAACACUCGUACUAAGCAAGAAGCUGAACGCGAGGAACAGCAACAACUUAAAAAAUUGGUUUUAAAUUAUGAGGAGAGAGAAGAACAAAAUCAACGUAUCGCUCUCGAACAAUCAUUGAUUAAUAGUGGAAUGAGGGUCUCUUAUCAGUCCGGUAACCGUCGUACAAGUCAAAGGGGUAGGAGGAUAUUACAUCAAGGUGGUGGUGGAGGUUAUGCUUAUGCUAACGAGAGGUAUCCUCAAUAA